AUGGUCUUUGUCAUCACCAACGUGCGCGCCGGCGACAUGCACGACCCGAACCUGGUCUUUGGGUGGACGAUGGUCGGUUCGCCGGGCGUCAUCAAGGCGCCGAGCGACGACUACACCAUCACGGGCGCACCGGCGGCGCGGAUCGCCAAGGCGCUGACGGCACACUGGCACGAGCGCGUGAAGCCCCUGUUCGACAACAUGAACGAGCAGGAAGCGGCGUUUUGGAAGAUUUCGUGCUCGGACCCGAACGGCGUGCCCACGUGGACGAACGAGCCGCGCGUGACCGUCAUUGGCGAUGCCAUCCAUGCCAUGACGCCUGCUGGCGGCAACGGCGCGAACACGGCGGUGCGCGACGCCGCUCUCCUCGGCAGGCUCCUCGUCGAAGCCUGGGAGCGCGGCGACGGCGAGCAGUGGCGGGGCGUGACCGACGCGUACGAGAAGGAAAUGCGCGUGUACGGCAGCGAGGCGGUCAAGGCGAGCUUCGGUCAGGCGACGAGCCAGUGGAAGGUCAAGAUUGACCUGGCCACGGCGCCGACAAUCAAUGACCAAAGGGGCCUGCUGAGUCAGCCGUCGGCACCCGGAUCCGAAGACCCGACAGUCAGUUCGCACGCACACGCAAACGUGGGGCGGCGGAUUCUUCCAGAUCCCUUCCCUCCCAAGCCCAAGGCUUCCAUCCUGGCAUCCUGGCUCUCCAAGCCUCCACCACAACGACCAGACGGCCACUUUCAAACGCCCGCCCCUCCCCCCCCCGUCUCUGUCCAUUUGCCCUUGUCCGAUGCUGCUCCACGUCAGGCACAGGCACAGGCACAGGCACAGGCACAGGCACGCCCACAAGAGGCGGUGCGGAGAAACAGGCACCAGGUCAUCAUCGCUCUCGGCCCUCGCCGUCUGGGCGACCUCCGCAUCUACCUGAUCCGCGAGACGCACAGGCGGUACAUAGAGGACCCCGCCGUUUACGCCCAUCUCGUCCAGCCCGCAGGCCAGGCGCUGCCGCAGUGGAAGCUCCAGAACCUCCAAAAGGGCAUCGUCUCACAGGGCCUUAAGGAUAUGCUCGACGCCCUCAACGAGAGGCCCAUCUACAAGAAGAGCACCUCGGCCGCCGACUUUGUCAGGGUCCUCGAGCAGGCCUUUAAGCAGCGCAUCAGUCGCCAGCAGCAGGAUGCGCAGGAGUUCCUGCAGAUCGUCGCCGAGCGUCUCAAGGAUGAGUACCACGCCGGCGAGCGCGCCAGGGCCCACGCGAGGAACGCCGUCGCCCAGGGCACCAUUGCUUCGCAGCCCGUCGACGGCGUCGCUAUUCAGGAGAGGCUCGAAGGCUUGGCUGCGGCGGCGGCUGCGGCAGACCCGAACAACUCUGACCAACGGUGUCGUGCCGAACGCGCUGCAGGACGAGGACGAGGGCUUCCCCAUGGAGGGCCAGCACGAGUCGCAGCUCGAGUGCCAGACGUGCGGCCACAAGUCGGCACCGAAAACCGAGACGUUUGUGACCCUGACCCUUCGCGUUCCGCAGGUCAGGUCGACAACGCUGAGCUCGUGCUUUGA